AUGAAGUUCAAAAAACAAAACAAAACAAAAAAAACCACUCCGUUCUACAACUGUAGGUGUUUUAUUAUCCCUAUUUUACAGACAAAGGGAAGCCAGCCUUAAUGUAAUAGAAACACCCUUGAACUUGGUGUCCCAAAGACAAAGGCUUGAGUUUCAGCUCUGUUCGUUUUCCAGUGACCUUGGAGCCGGAAUUCACAAUGACAACAGUAACAGUGACCACAGAGAUUCCCCCAAGUGGUAAAAUAAAAAAUAACUCUGCCCUGUAUGAGUCCACAUCAGCUCACAUUAUUGAAGAAACUGAAUAUGUGAAAAAGAUCCGAACUACUCUGGAAAAGAUCCGAAAUCAAAUUUUUAAAGACGAAGUAGGACAUAACAAUACAAAUCACAAACUAGAAACAAAGCAUUGUCGAAACAUUCAGAGUGGCUCGGAUUUUGAAAUGGAUCCCUCUUUUCGCAGUUUGGAUCUGCUCAUGGAAAGGAUGAAAGGGAAAGAACAGCAGCUCUUAGAAAUGAACAAAGAAAAUGAAAUAUUGAAAAUAAAGCUGGAAGCCUCCAGAGAAGCAGGAGCAGCGGCUCUGAGAAACGUGGCCCAGAGAUUAUUUGAAGUCUACCAAACACAGUCUGAAGAAGUUAGGAAGCAGCAUGAGGAUGGUAAACGCUUACUGGAGGUUAACAAACUUGAAAAAGAACAGCAAUUGAAACAACAUGCUGAAAAUCUGAAUCAAAUUGCUAAAAAGCUUGAAGAAAAACAUAAUCAAAUCACAGAGCUGGAGAACCUUGUGCAGAGGAUGGAAAAGGAAAAGAGAACACUGCUAGAGAAAAAAGUGUCUUUGGAAAACAAGCUGCUGCAACUCAAAGCCAAUGCUACGUGUGCUAAAAGUUGCCACAAUCUUCAGAUGGAGAUUUCCCUUCUCCAAGAGCAGAUCUCUCAUCUGCAGCUUGUGAUUCAUUCCCAACAUCAGAACCUGCGCAGUGUCAUCCAGGAGAUGGAAGGAUUAAAAAAUAAUUUAGAAGAGCAAGACAAAAGAAUUGAAAAUCUGAAAGAAAAAGUUAACAUCCUUGAAGCCCAGAAUAAAGAACUAAAAACCAAGGUGGCACUUUGGUCUGACACUCCUAGGACAACAGUAUCAAAGGCUGUCUCUACAAGUGAAUUGAAGACUGUCGGCACUACGCCCUAUUUGAUGUUGAUUAGGCUCCGGAAAUGAGCCGGCUGGCUGAAGAUCUGAAUGAGGAAGAUCACUAUAUAGGUCUUAUUUAUUCCUUGAAACACAGCCGAAACUUGCUUGUUAAAAUGGCUCAAUGCCAGUAUUCAAUGGAAUUUACUCUACAUCAAUACUUUUGCAGAAAGAUGACAUUCCAGAAAAUCAGACGAAUAUAUAUUCAAGGGAAGGAACUCUUCCUUCAAAACUUACUAAGUGAAGAGAUCAGGGGCUUUUGAUGGAAAAUGAAUUUUGCUUUAAACUUAAAAAAGAUCUGAAUUUUUUUUGCAGAUUUUUUGCUGAAGAGGGUGGUUUAAGGUUGUCAACUAUAACCUUUCAAUAGUGGUUUUAUGUAUAUAAAUGGAAGAGUGUAUGUGUGCAUGAGUCAAGGAUAUAUUUUAAAGUUAACUCUGGAUAAUAAAAAAUAUCUUAACGUGAACUUAUAAAUUCAUCUCCUGACCCACUGUUAGUGGGAGAGUAAUUCUUUACUGCCUUAUGGGCAGGAGGAGGAGUAGGUUUUUUUAGCUAAUUCCCCAACCCACAUAACCCUCCAAAGCUGAGACUCAUGGCAUCUCACCACACUUUAGGAAGCCAUUGUUCUUCAGUUAGGAUUGCAAAUUGGUUGCUAGAGACAACCCACAAAUAAGCACAAAGAAAUGGAGUUUGUUACUCUGGCUUCGUGACUAAUUUUCUUUUCAAGAUUCAUUAUAUUAUCUAAGAAGAUAUUUGGAGGGAAGAAUACAAACACAAUGCCGGCAGCUCAGAAACCUCCAUAAAAGUGUGUAUAUUUUGGGUUUAGAGGAACAGUGGCUGCUGUCCGCAGCCAGGAAGACCUGAAUUCAUGAAUUAGAAUUAGAUGUCCAGUGCUUUAUUUACCUUUUGAUACAGGCAUUCAUCACAGGUGGAGUUUGUGAUUGCUGUGAAGAAAACCACACUCUAAUUCGUAGAAAUGCAAACAUGCUGACACACAGAAAACACUUGAACUGAAGCAAUAAUGGGCAGCCUUGGCCAUACUAAAGGGUGAAUUCCUUGUAAGCCUUUUGAUCCUCCUCUCUGCAGUAUGACUGUAAACGUUUUCUCAGGAAAGAUGCUUCAAGGCUUUCAAUGUGGAAUGUGAGCUAGCGGUAUUGUCUAUGAAAUAUUUAAAAAUACAUGCAAAGGAGAUAAAGUAAUGUAUUUAUAAAUUCAUCAGAGUAUUCUAAUCUUUUAAAUGUCGCAUAAUUCUAUGUGUGCAUUUCAUGCUUCAUGUUUUUAUUGCUUGCUAGUUUUUCAAGUGUAGUUAUCUAAUAACAUUUAUGGCACAGUUCCUACACCAGGAACACUUCUAAGUACUUUACCUGAAUUAAUUACUUGAAUCUUCCCAACAGGCCUCAAAAGCAGGUCAUAUUAUUACCCCGUCUUACAGGGGUAGAUACUGUGAGGUCCAGUAAUUUCCCCUGCUGCCAGUGAUGGAGCAAGGAUUUGGACCUCUUGCUUGGCUAUCAGUAUUCUUUCUAUCUGUUCACUAGGUGGUCAAUUUCCACACUAUAGAAAUACCUCUCUUUUUGCUACUUUAACAAGCAUAGCUUCCUUGUUGGCUAUGUGAGCUAUUCUGUGAAUGAUGGUCAGAAACAACCCUUACUCAUAAAGUAAAUAUUUUGCUGCAAUUAAGUUGGUCUUUCACCUGUUGGACUACCCUCAUGAGCGCUUGGUUCAGAAAAACUACCCUGCUAAAAAUCUUGAAAUUCUACAUUUAUUUUAUGACCUUAUGCCACAUGGAAGAUUCUUUUGGCAGUGUAUUUUCAGACACGUUUGUAGGGAGUUUGGGACCACAAGUUCUGUCAAGCAGUUGCAGUGUAAUAGGUGAAUUCACCUUUCACCUGGAGAUCACUUAGGUUCCUGUUACACCCCAGUCACCUGGAUGGAUGGUAAUAAAUAUGAGAUUUUGAAACGGAUCCAUCUAACUGAGCUAACAACUAGAAUGAUUCCCAUUAGAAUAAUGUGUUCUAAAGUCAAAAAUGGGAAGACGCUGUUGGAUUUAACUCUGCUCCUUUUUGAACAUGGAAGUACAGCUGGACAUUACACAGAUAGGACCUGCUCAUGUGCUCUCCACAUUCACCCUGAUAUGGUCUUUGGAUUUCCUGAGAACAAGAACAAGCAGUUUCAGAAGCUUAAAACAGUCUGGCCUCUUCGAAUACAAAAGUAAUUUUUAAGUAGCAUCAGCAAUAUCAUUUUUUGGUCAUAUAUAGAUUACUUCCUAUAUCUUUAUGGUUUCAGCUUUUACCAUUUGGUAUGUUUUUUUAAUAAAUAUUUCUGAGCAAUAAAACAAAGGAUUAAAUGGAAAAUAAAAAAGCAUUAACCUAAAAGUAAUGCCAAACAAGAAAUACAGGAAAAGAAACACAAGUUCAGUUGUAGUCUAAAUGGUUAUACUUAUAAUGAUGCUAAUCAAGAUAUUAAAGUCUGAGGUGGACCUUGAAUACAAGAAUGAGCAAAUGAAAAGAAAGUUAGUUUCACUUUGAUUACAUAUUGUAACAAAUCUUCAUUAAGAAAUGUUUAAACAACAACAAAAGAAAUGUUUAAACAAUUAGUAUAAUACAUGUAUCUUUUGAGUAAUUGCUUAU